CAGUUAUAUGUAUGUAUUUCAUUUUGUUUUACGCUUUUGAAGUAAGUAGACGCCCAACACGACGAUGUGCUGUCGUGUGCCAGGAUUCCACACGGUGGCGCUAAUGGGAGGAGAUGAAGAUUAAAAACACGUAGAAGAAGAAGACGACGGCGACAGCGGGGGAAGACGGUCACUUGUAGCAACAAAGAUGACGAAGAUGAAGUUAAAGAUGAUGAAGAUGUCCAUCUGAUUUCAGAGAGUUCAGAGGUUAUGUUGAUCCAUGAUGAAGACUGCCUGCAAACGUCUGAAAGUGGAAGCGUUCGGCCUUCCCUCGCCCGAGCGUGCCGCCGAUGACGACGACGACCCGGACGCCAAACUCAUCAUCACUACGGAUGACGAGUGCGUCGGGAGUAGAACGGCGAGGAGGAAGCGGAGGAAGCCGACGGAGGAGGGAGGUGAUGAAGAGAGGAGGGGAGAAGGCUUGGCGAUCGACAGACAGCUCGACCAAUCGCUGGAGAGCAAGUCCAAACAACACAAGCUGACCAGCGUCAACGUUCGCAACAUUAUCCACGAAGUGAUCACCAAUGAGCACGUGGUGGCGAUGAUGAAAGCUGCCAUCAAUGAGACGGAAGCCGUGCCACCGUUCGAGCCCAAAAUGACCCGAUCCAAGCUGAAGGAAGUUGUGGAGAAAGGCGUGGUGAUCCCAGCCUGGAACAUUUCGCCCAUCAAGAAGAGCAGAGACAUCGGCAAGGUUCAUCAGUUUGUGGACAUCCCUCUGGCCGAGGAAGACUCCUCCGAUGAAGAGUAUCGUCCCGACGACGAAGACGAGGACGAGACGGCCGAAGACACGUUGCAGGAGAGUGACUUUGAGAGCGCGGCGUCGCCCCCUCGAGGACGCGGACCGCACCCUGACGUUAGCCGGCACGGCGCCCGAAAGAUGUUGAGGGCAGAGUCUGUCUCAAUGGGUCCACCCCCCCCUCCCAAGGUUCCGCCUCCCUCAGCACAGACAGACAACUUCUUGGAGAAGCUGCACGCCGUGGAGGCGGAGCUUGCCGUGUGCAUGGAACCGUACCAGCCUCUACAGGACGCGGGCGAGGCAGCGGGCGAGGGGGGUUUGAUGGCGUACCGCACGCGCUCCAAACGUCCCCUUCGGGACGUCCCGCUCGGACAGCUGGAGGCGGAACUCCGAGCGCCUGACAUCACGCCGGACAUGUACGACUGUGGCUCCGCCCACGAGGACAGGGACUGGACUGAUUGGUUGAGAGGCCUGAUGACCUCUGACAUGGACGACGAGGAGUGCGAUGAUGAGGAUGAUCCAGAGUACAACUUUCUAGCUGACGUCGAUGAACCUGACCAGGAGGAUUACCGCGACGAUAAGGCCGUACGCAUCACCAAAAAGGAAGUCAACGAACUGAUGGAGGAGCUCUUUGAAACGUUGAAAGAGGAUCUGGCGGGCCAGGAAGUGGACGAUGAAGGCCACGAGGAAGAGGAGUCCCAGGAGGACGCACGCACACACGCCAAGCAUGAUGCGGCCGCACAUGCGUGUCACACAACCGAGGAAGCACGCGGCGGCGAGGCAGAGGAUGGCCGACCAAUGGGAGAGCGGCGUACCGUCAUGCAGCAGUUGAUGUUCAUGAAGAGCGCACAACAACACGCACAACGUGCACACGCACUAACGCUGGACACACGACACAGGAACACACUCAAGCAGCAAGUACAGCAGCACGUGCAGCUGCUGGUACAGAUCCACCUUCUAACGUCGCCUGUGGAAGAACUUCGCAAUGAGGCUGAAACGACUCAACAUUUCUUGUUUGAAUUGGACGUGUUGGCGCAGCGAGCUGAGCUGAUGAUGUCAUCGCAGCGUAGCAGCGCUUUCAGGGCAUCCAACCUGCAGGGGGCGCUAAAGCUGCUGGAUGCGCUGCGGGAGCAACCUGUGGCCUACGUGCGCCGCAAACACAUGCCCGACGCACGCGGAAAAAUGCGACGUUUUGCAGUGAUGCCCGCUGAGCUGGCGUGGAUCUUUGUCACGCGUCCCGUCUUCCUCUACCCACAACUUCUGCCGCGUGUCAGUCUGGAUCCGGCUCUCUACUCCCCCCGCAGGACAGCGGCAUUCACUGCAGCAGAAGACUGUCUGCUGGUUGUGGGUCUGCAGAACUUGGAGGGGGCACGUGACCCCGCCAGGCUACUGUGCGACUUGUUGCUGGCCAAAAGUGUUGAUCAGGUGAGACGCCGGAUCCUGCAGUGCUGCAGACCAGGAACCCCCGACAACAUCGUCAAGGCAUUCCGGCACAAGCGUGUUGUUCCUCGCAUGCCGCUGGCAUGUGCUCGUGUUGCUGCGUCGGAGCAGCGCCCCCCCGUGGAGAGAGAUGUGAGGCUCAUGCCCCUGUGGCUGCUGAGGAGUCUUCCUGUGAUCUCCAAAACAGUUACCCCUCUCCCCGCAUGCAAAUCCUCUGGUCACAUGACUCCGGUUGACUGUGCCUCCACACGCUACCCACCCCGCCUCCCACCCAACCUGCACUACCGCCGGGUGGGCUUCGUGCAGCACGCCAGCCGCACCCCGUCGCUGCCCGACCACACUGUGCCCUCUCCCGGUGGCUUCUCCCCCCAGACUCCACCCUCUCGGCGCAGCCCCGCCCCUCCGACAGCCGUGCAGAAGGUUGGCGAGGCGGAGCUUCUUGGUUUGUCCAAAUCCUCAAAGAACUCCACUCUGAACGUGGGCGUGGCCAAGAUGACAGUUGAUGGUGGAACUUCCUGUCCUCUGCUCGAGGAAGUCCGGCCGGGCCCACGACAGGAAGUGUGCGAGUGGUCUACUGCAGCGAGCGAGCCCGGAACAACAGGAAGGGAUGCGCAUGCCCACCAGGAAACGAUGGUGCCAGUUUUUGCUAAAAACGUCUCAACGGGUGUCAAUGGAGAAAAGCUGGUUGUCUGGACCCGAGAAGCGGACCGCCUGAUUCUGACGGCCUGCCAGCAGCGAGGAGCCAAUCGGAGGACGUUCCGUAGAGUCUCCGCCCAGCUGGGAAACCAGAGCGCCCGCCAGGUGAGCCUGCGUUUCCACGACCUCCUUCGCCUUUUUCACGUGGCCACAACACCCGCAUCCUGUCCCUCUGUCGCCACCCAAGAACCGGAAACCGGAGCCCAAAAGCAGACGGAGCCCUGACAAGCUUGUAGAAAAGUUGAUUACGCAUAUAUAUAUAUAUAUAUACAUAAAUAAAAUAUAUAAGUUGCUUACUGGAUGAUGUCAUCCAAAUGUUUACAUUUGCAUUGAAUGAGGUCUCUGUUGUAGCAAAACAUCUUUUGAUAUUGAUGUACCGUUGUAAAUAAAGUUUGAAAUCUCCAAAAUGAG